AUGGCUACUCUUCACACCCUCUUCAUGCCCACCAUGAUACAUACACUGAUGCUGUAUCUACUCCUCAUCCAUCCUUUAGCCACCACUUCAAGCUCCAUUCAUGAACUCCUCAGAAGCAGAGGCUUGCCAGCAGGGCUUUUCCCCAAGAAUGGAGUGAAGUCGUAUGAACUUGAUGAACAUGAUCAACUUCGAGUGUACUUGGAGGCACCAUGUGUUGCUAAGUUUGAGACUAGGGUGUUUUUUGACAGUGUUGUGAGGGCUAAUCUAAGCUAUGGUGGACUCACUGGAGUGGAUGGUCUGUCUCAAGAAGAGCUUUUUAUAUGGUUACCAGUGAAGGAUAUAAUUGUUUCUGAUCCUUCCUCUGGGAUUAUUUUGAUUGACAUUGGAUUGGCUCUUAAAAAGUUAUCUCUCUCUCUCUUUGAAGAAACCCCUAUUUGCAAUCCUCAAGAUGUACUGGUGGAAAAGAAUCUUGCUAGGAUGAGCUCCAAUUGGAAGUUUGAGGAAUAA